CUGUCGCGUCGAGACGAACCACCCAACAUAUCUUCCUUUCGCUUCCCAACUUGAAAUAUCCCAGAUUCGACACUCUCAGUGAUGUCUGACAACGAGGGAACCACUAAAAAGAGCGGUUAUCGCCUCGAAUACGCGAGUUCUGCCAGAUCCAAAUGUAAAGGUCCUAAGCCCUGCGCUGGUAGUCCAAUCGCCAAAGGGGAGCUUCGUGUUGGGUCUGUUGUCGAUUUCAGGGGGAACACUAGCUAUGCAUGGCGCCAUUGGGGUUGCACGACUACCAAGAUCCUAUCCAACAUGAAAUCUCAAUUUGAAUCCGCCGAUGAACUCGAUGGUUUCGACGACCUCAGAGACGAAGACAAAGAACGGCUUCGCAAAGCAUGGGACGAAGGCAAGGUUGCUGACGAGGAUAAAGCUCCUGGAGAAGAGGCCGAGGAAGAUGAAGAGAAACCCAAGAAGAGGGCACCAGCAAAAGCCAAGAAAGACGCAGGUGGUGAGGAUGGUGAGAAGCCAAAGAAGAAACGUGCACCUGCAAAGGCCAAAAAGUGGAGGACGAGGGAGAUGAGGAUGCUGAAGACAAGCCAAAGAAGGCUCCUGCGAGGAAGCCUCGGGUAAAGAAAGCUGCAGCUUCGUCAGACGCUGAAGAUAAGGGAGAGUCUGAGGAGAAACCCAAGAAGCGUGCGCCUACGAGAAAGCCUGCCGCCGAGAAGAAA